AAAAAGGAACUUAAAAUCUCAACCAUGCAAUAAUAAUAGUACACAGCUUUAGGACAAGCAAAGAACAUAGAAAUACACCAAGUAGCUAAAACACAAGGAAGGGAACAAAGAAAGAAACAAUUACAAAAACAACAAUGUCAGAAAUCUCUUUAUUAUUAUUAUUAUUUCUCAUCCAUCUUGGAUCUCCUCUGACAACAAAACCCAAGAUCUUCUUCUGACAUAAAAUUCCAAAAUCUUUUUUUUCUCUUAUCCAGUUGCUUCUUUUUCUUUUUUCUAUCACUUUGAUCUCAGACCAAACUCUGUCUCCACCAAAUCCCAAGGUGCUUUUCCAGCUAAGUCUGUUGCUCAAACACGCCACACAGUGAAGGUGCCAAAAGCGAUUUAACUCACAUUCAAGGUACACGCCCACCACUACCUCUCCAUAUUCUCUGUACUCACAUAAAACUAAUGCUUUCUUGUCUCUAAUACGCACUUAGCAGUUGAGUAAGCCCAUACCCAACUUUGCUCCUUUGUCUCAGACUUGUCAUUUACUCAGAUAAAUGAUGUCUUCUAUUUCUUUGGUUAUAUACUUCCACCUACUGGGAUUCUAGUAUAUUGUAGACCAAACAAAAAACUUGACCCCAGAUUGAAUCUUGGUCUUCCUGCUUACUCAAAAAUGGUUAAAUCCUGUUGGAAUCCAUCGGCUGAGGGUGAUUCUGGUGGGCGUGUUGAUGGUUUAUUGUGGUGUAAAGAUUUGGGGCAACAUAUGUAUGGCGAAUUUUCCAUGGCCGUGAUUCAAGCUAAUAGUAUGUUGGAGGAUCAAAGCCAAAUCGAAUCCGGGCCGUUGAGUUCGACUACUUCCGGUCCUUACGGGACUUUCUUCGGUGUUUAUGAUGGACAUGGUGGAACUGAAGCUUCCCGCUACGUCAAUGACAACCUUUUCAGCAAUCUUAAGUCAUUUGCAUCUGAGCAUCAAGAAAUAUCAGCAGAUGUUCUGAGAAAAGCUUUCUCAACAACAGAAGAGAACUUUCUUUCGCUUGUGAGGAAACAAUGGCAUGUUAAGCCACAUAUGGCGUCGGUGGGAUCGUGUUGUUUGAUAGGGAUUAUCUGCAAUGGACUGCUAUAUAUUGCUAAUGCAGGUGAUUCCAGAGUGGUGUUAGGCAGAUCAGGAAGAGGAACAAAGCAAGCUAAAGCAAUGCAAUUAUCCGUAGAGCAUAAUGCAAGUAUAGACACUGUAAGAGAAGAGCUUCGGUCAUUGCAUCCCAAUGAUCCACAUAUCGUUGUGAAGAAACACAGAGUUUGGCGUGUCAAGGGCUUGAUACAGAUUUCAAGAUCCAUUGGUGAUGCGUAUCUAAAGAAGGCAGAGUUCAACAAAGAGCCUCUUUUACCUAAAUUUAGACUGCCUGAACCCUUCCAAAAGCCGAUCCUUAGUGCUGAGCCAUCAGUGUUGGUACACAAACUACACCCAGAUGAUCAGUUUCUCAUAUUUGCUUCUGAUGGUCUGUGGGAGCACAUUAGCAACCAGGAGGCUGUCAAGAUUGUUCAGACUAGUCCGCGAAAUGGAAUUGCGAGGAGACUUAUCAAAGCUGCACUCAAGGAAGCAGCAAAAAAGAGAGAAAUGAGGUACUCAGACCUGAGAAAGAUUGAUAGAGGGGUGAGGAGGCAUUUUCAUGAUGAUAUCACAGUCGUGGUUGUGUUUAUAGAUCCCAACUUGAUCAAUGGGGGCUCCUCCUCCUACUUUCCGUUAUCGAUAAAGGGUGGACGAUUUGCUGCUGGUGCCGGUGUCCCAUAGCCAUGCUUAAAGAAGCAGGGGCAACAACUUUCUUUAGCAUUCCCAUCAAGGGUAAUAGUAUAGUAUAGUUUGAGACUGGUUAUUGCCAGAGAAACUUAGGAUCAUGAGACUGCAAGAUAAUCUGUAGAUAUGAUUUCCAUGUAAUUUAAUGGUUGAUUGUUUGCUCUCCUUCAAAAUGCAACUUUCUUUACCACCA